AUGCGUUGUGCUGUUCCGCCGUGCCACAAAAAGGAGAAGCCGCUCACCGCAACUCAACUCAACAUGGCUAGCAUCAAAGGUCCCGCUCCGGCACCCACCUCCUUUCCUGGUGCCGAAAAGCUGCGCAUCGGAAUCGUUCACGCCCGCUGGAACGAAGAAUGCAUCACACCCUUGGUCAACGGUUGCAUCAAGAACAUCACUGCCGCCGGCGUGAAACCCGAGAACAUCGUCGUCGAAUCCGUGCCCGGCUCGUGGGAGCUUCCCUUUGGCGUAUCGCGACUGAUCUCGGCGUCUCAGGUUCAGGCCUCUUCCAACGUGUCCGAUCUCAUGGGCGCUACGUCUCUGUUGGACGACUCGAAACCCGCUACACCGACGACUACGGGUGCAAAGGCGAGCAAAGCAGCCCUCGAUGCGGUCAUUGGAAUCGGCGUGCUGAUCAAGGGAUCGACGAUGCACUUCGAGUAUAUUUCCGAGUCGUGCUGUUCCGGGUUGAUGAGGAUCGGGUUGGAUACGGGUGUACCGGUCAUCCUGGGUGUGUUGACCGCGCUGACCGAGGAUCAGGCCUUGGAGAGGAGCGGCGUCGGGAGGAAGGGCGACAAGGGUCACAAUCACGGUUUGGAUUGGGGCUCCGCUGCUGUAGAGAUGGCGCUCAAGACCAACCGCUGGGCCGAGGACGGCGACUCGAUACCCCACUCACCCUCGGUAAUCAACAAUGCUUCCAUCCUCUCGCUCAACUUGACCAAGAACCAUCAACACCCAUCGUCUCCCAACCCAUUUCUCGUCAUGUCUGCCUCACCCGACCUCACGCUGUUCUACCUGGAAAACUCACGAGCGUUCCGCGUAGCCUGGCUGCUCGAACACCUCUCGCUCCCCUACACGCUCAAGCAGUUUCGACGAAUCGAAGGCAAACGAGCCGAACCGACGCUCCGCUCUGAAUCCACUAAUCCGCUUGGUAAAUCGCCCUACUUGAUCGAUGGGGACGUGCAGGUUGGUGAAUCGUCCGCCAUCGUGAAGUACCUCAUCACGCGCUACGCUUCUCAACGUCAACGAGACGAUCUUCUAGGAUCCCCCUCCAACUGGUCCGAUUUCACCGCUAUCGAAUCCUUCAUCUCCUUCUCCGAGGGAAUGAUGAUCCACACUCUCUCCGCUAUUUAUCCUCGAUGGUUCUCAACCCCUGAAAUCGCAAAGGAGAUCGAAGCAGGUCUCUCUGCGAAUAUCCACAAUAACCUCAAUUUCCUUGAACAGUCUCUCUCCAGACCCAACGCUAACGGUUUUCUCGUCGCAGGAAGGUUGACCGCAGCAGAUAUCAUGUGUGCUUUCACAGCAGAAUACACCUUCCACAUGGACACGGGUAUCACCAGCCAAGGGAAGAAAAUGGAGGAUUGGCCAAAAACCGUGGAAUGGUUGAAAGGUUUGAGCAGGUUGGAGAGUUAUCAAAAGGUGUUGGGGAAAGGUGUCGUUCACAAGUUCACCAUCAGCGAAUGA